AUGAGCGGCCGCGACCACCACCAGUGGCCGCCUCGCCGAGGGUACGACCCCCGCGACCCGGCCACCGCGUGGCAGGGCGACGCCUCGACCUCCGCGGCGGCGGCGGCGGCAGGGGUGAACCCCUACAUCUACGUCCCCAACCCCCAGUACGUCCCGAACCCCCUCAACCUCGUCUUCAACCAUGUGCUCCACAACCCCGCCGCCCUCGCCGCCUACCAUCACCACCAGCAGCAGCAGCAGUACCACCACCACCAGCAGCUCCUCCAUCCAUCUGCAUACGCCCCGAACCCUACCCAUAAUCUCCAGCACCGCCCUGCCGCCCCCGCGGCGCCCACGCCGGCUCAGCCUCAGUCUAAUAAUAAUAAGAAGAAGCAGGAGACGCCUCCGCAGGCCCAGGCACAGCCGCCGCCAUCCCUGCCCCCGCCACAGCAAUACGCGGCUCUUGAGAGGGCGCAUGCGGCUGCGAGGAAGGCACGGGAUAAGAUCAUUAAGGCCGGCGAGGGCGUUACAGGGUGGAAGGUGGCGCAAGCGGUGCUGGUGGCGCUCAAAGUGGAUUCCUGGGGCUCUCUCGGUGUCCAGCUCCAUGAGGUGCCCCUCCUGCGAGACCUCUUCCUCAUCGAGGGCAAGGUGAAUACUUUUAUCCAUUGCUAUGUUGCAGCAAGGAAAAUUGUAUCAGUUUAUGAUUUAGAGUCUGAGAUAUGCAAGAAUGAGAGCGUUGGGGAGUUUGAAGAGUUGGGAUUGGGGCCUUUUCUUCAGCAGCCACUUGUUGCACAUUACUUUUCAGUACCUGCUGAUUUGUCCAUGAUACCUAAGCUUAGUAGCGAGGAGAUUAUAAAAUGGCUUCAGAAGUUUAUGGAUAGCUCUAAAAAGAAAAUUACAGUGGAAAACUUCUUGGAUUAUCUUGCAGAGCAAAAUUCAAUCUCUGGAAAGGAAAACCUCGGUGUACGGAUACAGAGCUUGAGGUUGCAUAUUUCCUUUCUCCGGCAGGCUAGGAGAACUGAAGUGUCUGCUGUUAAAAUUCAAGGCACCUCCAGUGGCUCAUGUGAUAAUAGUCAUGAGAAGGAUUUGGUGAAAAAUAGAAAAUUUCAUUUGAGCAAACAGGCAUUGGACGAGAGGUUCAGUGCUAUAACUAGUCGUAUUAAGAAAUUACCAGGUAUCAAUAAGCAUAUCCGUUUUGAUUCAACCGAUGAUGAAACUGAUGGCAAUUCUAGCUCCGAGUGCGAUGCAGUUGAGAACAGCAAUAGUAAACAUGGUUGUGCUGCUAUUGAUAACAAGGAUGUUGAUAAGCGUGUUAGUAGCUGUCCGUAUCCUUCAAAAACAGAAGAAAUGGAACGCCUUGGCUUGAAGUCUGAAGUGAGUAAAAAGCCACCUUUGGAUAGUAACAAGGUAAAAGAGAGUGGCAAAAAGGGUUACAUGAGAGAAAAAAGGAAAUCUGAAGAAAAUAGGAGCCCCAGCUCCAUGUGCAAGCAGCCGAAGAAGAAGCAAAAGGUGCAAAUGCAAAAACAGGAGUUAUUACCUAACUGCUCCCUGAAUAUAGGAAAGUUAGAGAAAUUCAUAACCACCUGGAAAGAAGCAUGCCAUGAACAUCCAGUUGAACAGGUUUUGGAGUUGUUAGCAAAUUACUAUGUGGAAACACCAAAGGAGAAGAAGAAAAUAAUAAAGUUUUUCUCCAAAUACCCUGGCAUUGGCUUCCUAAAUGUUGCUGUUAGAGCGAUGGGAUGUGGACUGUUGGAUAGUCUUUAUGACGCGAUCAAUGUCUUUAAUGAGAAUAAAUCAUCAUCAAGUAUUGCUGACACCACCACUGAGCUUAUGGAAGUUGAGCCCCCACCAAGUAAAAAGAAAUCAAAAUGUGUUGCAAAAGAAGCCAAUGAUAGCAAUGAUGGCAGCAAGGAUCCUGGAUUCAGUGUCACCACUGAUGAUGUUAUCGGGGGAAUUACUGAAUUUUUUGAGUCCAAUCAUGGAGUGUCCAGAGCCGAUGCUUUGCAAGGGGGAAAAUCUACAUUCCUGAGAAUGCUUAUCAACUGUGAAACAUUCAUAACUGCUAAAUUUUCAGCCAGCCAAUUUAGCGCUCUUGGCCAUGGUACUUUCCUCGAGUUUUUGGGGAAACAUGAGCAACAUUUACCCCCGAAGUUGAGCCCUUUCUUGAAAGAGGGAAAGUUUGUUCCUUCAUCGGUGGAAGUUUCUGUACUGCAGCAACAGAUUGAAGUUUUACUCUGCCAAGCUGAGGGUAACUGGCUUGAAGAUGGCGGUUUUUCAGAGGAUAGUUUCUCUAUGCUUCUUAAAAGGCAAUUUCCAACUAUUGGCUUUGAUAUUGUGCAAAACAAAUCUGGAGAAGGACUUCUCGAGUCUAUAGAGAGACGAAGGAAAAACAUACAAACAAAUAACAUCAUGUUUUCUAUGUCUUUGUUGGAGAAACGGUGGUCUGGAAUUGUUCAAGGUAACCAUGAUACUGUUGAUGGGCUAAUGAAUGAUGUUCAACAAUCUUGUUCUGUUACAGUCUCAUCACAAGAAGCAAUAAAGUGUUUGCUUAAGGCUCCAAUGCUUUCAGAUCUACUUGCUUGGUCACAUUGGGAUUUGUUGUUUGCUCCCUCUCUAGGCUCCUUCAUACACUGGUUGCUGAAUACAGGUCCAGUUCAAGAUCUAGCUUGCAUUGUGACCACGGAUGGUAGGUUUAUUAGAGUCGAUCCAUCUGCUACGAUUGACCAAUAUUUAGAAGGCAUUAUUCAAUGUUCACCAUUUCAAGUGGCAGCGAAGCUGCUUUCCUUGCUACACAUUUAUAAUGGUUCUACUAACACUCCAAUUUCCUUGUUGAAAUGUUAUGCGCAACGAGCAAUAGGUAUCAUAAUGGACAACGGCAAUGAUUUGCUGAACACUAAUUCUGAAGGUAAAUCCUUUAGUGCAAGGAACAUUAGGUCUGAUAUGCCAACUGAUGUUCAUGACACUGUUCAUCUGGUUGCCAAAUUUAUACUUGACUGUCUUGGUCAUCUACCUUCUGAAUUCCGGAGUCUUGCAGCAGAUAUAUUAUUGGCAGGACUUCGAACUAUUACAAAGAAUUGUUAUUCAGCCAUCUUGCAUGAAGCCACUGAAACUGGGCAGCUGUGCAUGCUUCAUGAUAUUGGGUUGUCACUUGGUGUAGCAGAAUGGGCUGAAGAUUGUCGUAGAUUAUGUUUGACUGACGAAAUUCAUGCAAAGGCAGAGAUACAUGCUUCUUCUAGGUACCCAUCAGAUGCAUCUGGAGUUGCUACAUGUGAAAACAACUUGCUUAAUGCUACUGAUGUUGAUAUAACAAAUGAGAGGGGCAAGUCAUUGUCUGGCAAGGAGAAUCAAAUUGUUGCUGUAAGUAAAAACCAAAAUAUAUUAAAUCUUGUCACAACAAAGCUUGAUACUGCAGAAUCCAACGCUAACCAAUCUCCCACGAUGGGAGAAGUGAAACUUGAGGAAGCAACCCAAGUUAUUGAGACCAUACGCCGUGAAGAAUUUGGUUUGGAUCAGUCCUUAAGUUACACUGAUAAUAGUUUGUUAAAAAAGCAGCACGCUCGACUUGGCAGAGCACUUCAUUGUCUCUCACAAGAACUAUACUCCCAGGAUUCUCACCUACUUCUUGAGCUGGUACAGAAUGCCGAUGAUAAUACUUAUCUUGAGGGUGUUGAGCCCACAUUAGCAUUUAUUCUUCAAGACAAUGGUAUUGUUGUUCUCAACAAUGAGAGUGGCUUCUCUGCUGAAAACAUUCGAGCACUAUGUGAUGUUGGUAACUCAACAAAGAAAGGAUCCAACCAGGGAUAUAUUGGAAAUAAGGGCAUUGGAUUCAAAUCAGUAUUUCGGGUAACUGAUGCUCCAGAGAUCCAUUCAAAUGGUUUCCACGUGAAAUUUGAUAUUACAGAAGGUCAAAUUGGUUUUGUAUUGCCAACUGCAGUUGCACCUUACAAUACCUAUUCUGUAAGUAGAAUGCUAUCUGUUGAAGACGACAAGAACUCUCCUUCCUUUUGGAAUACUUGCAUUGUUCUUCCAUUCAGAGCAAAAUUUAGGGAGGGCACUGGUAUGCACUCCAUUGCAUCUAUGUUUUCAGAUCUCCACCCAUCUCUCCUCCUGUUCCUUCAUCGACUAAAAUGUAUCAAGUUUAAGAACAUGAUGAACGAUACCCUUUUGGUUAUGAGAAGGAAGGCCCUUGGUAAUGGCAUUGUGAGAAUUUCACAUGGGAAUGAUAUAAUGAGUUGGUUGGUAGUUAGCAAGAAGUUACAGGGCACAAUUGUACGCCAUGAUGUGUGCUCUACAGAGAUAGCUGUGGCAUUUACAUUACAGGAGACUCAGAAAGGAGAGUAUGAGCCUUACUUGAAGCUACAACCCGUAUUUGCUUAUCUACCUCUAAGGAACUAUGGUCUUAAAUUCAUUGUUCAAGGAGAUUUUGUUUUACCCUCUUCCAGAGAGGAAGUGGAUGCUGAUAAUGCAUGGAACCAGUGGUUGUUGUCUGAAUUUCCUUCUUUGUUUGUCAGUGCGCAAGAAUCCUUUUGUGCUCUUCCCUUCUUCCAGAGUUGCCCUGGAAAGGCUGUUACAACCUUCAUGAGUUUUGUUCCUCUAGUGGGAGAAGUUCAUGGGUUCUUUUGUCAGCUCCCUCACUUGAUCCUUUCCAAGUUGCGUCUCACCCGCUGCCUGGUUUUAGAGGGCUCUAGUUUGCAAUGGGUCUACCCAUGCAACACACUUCGCGGUUGGGAUGAACAGACUAGAAUAUUGUUUUCUGAUAGCUUACUUCAGGAGCAUCUUGGUCUUGGAUACCUAUCAAAAGAUAUAAUCAUAUCUGAUACAUUAUCAAGGGCCCUAGGUAUUCAUGACUACGGACCAAAAGUUUUGAUUGAUAUCAUGUCAUCUAUCUGUGGAGUUGAUGGUUGUAUUGAGUCACUGGGGCUGGAAUGGCUAUGUGCUUGGUUCAUUGCUCUUCAUUUAUCAUUGAUGUACCAUUCUUCUCGAAAUCCUUCAUCAACAGCAAGCCCUGAAGAUCUUUUAUGUGCUCUCAGAAAAAUACCAUGUAUUCCACUUUCAAAUGGUUCAUUUAGCUCCAUAGCAGAUGGACCUAUAUGGUUGCCUUACGAUGUCCUCAAUUCAAAACCUGACUCCAAAAGUAGCAUGCUGAACUUUCCAGUUCUAUAUAGUAACCUACGCAUAAUAAAUCCUCAGCUUCUCUCUGUGUCUGGUCAAAACAAGUAUCUCACAGAAGAAAUGAGAGCAAAUGACCUGAUGGACAUUCUGCUGAAAAUGGGACUGCGGAAGUUAUCUGGACAUGACAUUAUAAAAAAUCACAUCCUGGUGUCCUUGUCUAGUGACACAGAAGCGAAUAUGGCCAAUACAAUGAUGAUAGAGUAUGUGAGCUUUGUAAUGCUUCACUUUCAGUCUCCUUGUGCAAGCUGUAACUUUGAAAAAGAAGAGAUAAUGUCAGAACUACGGAGGAGGCCUAUCUUACUUACAAACCAUGGCUACAAGUGCCCAUCUGAUGAACCAAUUCACUUCAGUAAAGAAUACGGAAAUUCUGUGGACAUAAGCAAGCUACUUCUGAAUGUAGAAAUAAAAUGGAUUGAAAUUGAUAGUUGUUAUUUGAUGAAUCGUCGUUCAGAUUCAUUACCACCACUUGAACUUAAAAAAUGGAGACAAUUUUUUGAGGAGAUGGGCGUGACAGACUUUGUUCAGGUAGUGAAAGUUGAGAAAAAUAUUUCUCAGGCUGGUUCUUUUGUCGCAGGAAGACUUUCUCAAGGUCAUAAUUCUGGAGCAUACUGCACUGUGUAUGACUGGGAGUCACCAGAAUUGGCUAGUAUUUUGUCAACAUUUUCUUCAAAAGAAUGUCGAGAAAAUUGUGUGUAUCUUCUGGAGGUGCUUGACAAAUUCUGGGAUGCUCACUAUAGUGCAAAAGCUAAAAUCCACACAGAUGUGACACAUUCUGGUGAAACCAUAGCAGUUGAAUCGUCCUUUAUGAAUUCUAUUCAGAGCUUGAAAUGGAUAGCAUCAGCUAUGGAUGAGGACCUUCAUUAUCCAACAGAUUUAUUUUAUAAUACGGAAGAUGUGAGCUCCAUUCUAGGUAGUGUGGCGCCAUAUGCUGUACCUCAGAUAUGCAGCAGAUCACUUGCGAAAGAUAUUGGAUUCAAAAUGAAGGUAUCAUAUAGUGAUGCUUUGAUGAUCCUCAAAUCCUGGAUUGCUUCACAGAACCCUUUUACUGCAAGUAUGGACCAGAUGUUCAAAUUCUACACCUUUGUGUCAGAAGGUUUUGCCGCUGCAACUAUUGACAUUAAACAGGAAUUUUUGUCUUGCUUCUCUAUAUUUACACCACUAAAGCGUGCUCGAUCUAGUGAUCCUGUUGCUGGAAAAUUCUUGUCCCCAAAAGACCUAUAUUGGCAUGACCCAACAGGCUGUUCUGAAAUAAUAACAGAGAAAGCCAUUUCAAUGAAGAUGAGUAUGUUCCCGAGAAGGAUGCUAUCUUCAACCUAUCCCAGCCUUUGUGAAUUCUUUACUGAGGCAUGUGGUGUACCAAAGGUUCCAAAGACAUCAGAUUAUGUUGAUAUACUGUUGGGGCUGUCGAAUGCUGCAUUACCUUCACAAGUCACUAAUCAGGUCUUCCGUGUGUUUGCAAGGUGGGCUAAUGAUCUCCAUUCUGCAAAUGGCAACAUGAACGAUAUAUUGUUCUUGAAAGGAUCUCUUCAAAAGUUGGAGACGACAAUACUGCCAACCUUGGGUGAUAAAUGGGUCUCUCUGCAUCCUUCUUUUGGCCUUGUUUGCUGGGUAGAUGAUAAUGAGUUGAAGCAACACGUUGAGGACUACAAUGGUGUUGACUUCAUACAAUUUGGAGAACUUUCUUAUGAGGACAAUCAAAUGUUGUAUGGGAGACUUGCUGCAUUGAUGAAAAGCCUAGGUAUCCCUGCACUUUCUAAGGUUGUUUAUCGUGAAGCAAUAUUUUAUGGUACAAUGGACAACAGAGAAAAGGUUACAUUAAUCUCUUUGCUAUUAUCAUAUAUGCAACGCUACAUCUAUAAGAUGCAUAGAGAUACAUAUAUAAACUUUCAACAAAAUGAGAUCACAAAGCUUAUCAAUCUCCAAGUUAUUAUCGUUGAGAAGUUAUUCCACAAGUAUAAGCUGAAAGGACGUGAGAGUUCUUCUAACAGAAGAUUCAAAUGCAAUUGUCUAUUGCAGGGAAAUAUUCUAUAUGCUACACAAGAAGCUGAUUCACAUUCACUUUUUCUGGAGCUGUCUAGACUUUUCUUUGAUGGAUCUGCUGAUCUGCACUUCGCAAACUUUCUGCACAUGGUCAAAACCAUGGCAGAUUCGGGCACCACAGCUGAACAAAUAGAGUCUUUUAUCGUCAAUAAUCAGAAUGUCCCUGAUUUGCCUGAGCAGGAAGCUGUUUGGUCCUUUUCUUCCUUGGUCAUGGCCGACCAAGAUGUUGAUUGCCAAAAAACUGAAUGCCCAUCUGUAUGUGACAGUAAAAAAACUGAAUUUCGAUCUACGUGUGAACUUAAUAUUUCCAAGUAUCAAAGAAUGUCGGGAGUUGCUUCAAGUUGGCCACCUAAUGAUUGGAGAACAGCUCCAGAUUUCAUAACAUCUCACAAUAACCAGUAUGCAUCAGUUCAGGAGACAAACUUGAACAAUGGUGUACCAUCGUUAGACUUAACCAAGGUUGCUGAGUGUGAAAACUCAGGAUAUGUUUGGGGUCCUGUUGAGCUUGAAGGGGAUUGGAUUACAGAAGAGGAUUUGGGGUCAGAAAAUACAGUGCUUGCAGAACGUAUAGUGGCAACUGGCGAUGAGCCUCAUAUGAUGAUGUCGAAUAACUCUGCCAAUGUGCCGACUUAUUUGGAUUUGGAAACUGGAAGUUCAGCAAACUCAGUUGUGGAUAUUGAGCUAACAGAAUUCAAUGAUAAACUGGCCAAUGUUUCAAAACAGAGGGAUAGGCUCUGCAUAAAGGCUCCAGACACAAACGAGGUGUUGCAAACUGGCAGGCGUGGCGAAGCUGCAGCCCACCAAUAUUUUGUUGAUAUUUUUGGGUCCAAUAAUGUCAGGUGGGUGAAUCAAGAUAGUGAAACGGGAUUGCCUUAUGACAUUGUUAUCACGCACAAAGAGGGUUUCACGGAGUAUGUGGAAGUGAAGGCAACAAAAUAUUGUACCAAAGAAUGGUUCCACAUUACAUCGAGGGAAUGGCAGUUUGCAUUAGAGAAAGGGGAUUCAUCAAGUAUUGCCUAUGUUGUGUUUUCAGGUACAAAGAAGGCAAGAUUUCUCAUUUUGAAGAACCCAUACAAGCUUUGUCAGCAGAAAUCAUUGCACCUUGCCCUCGUAAUGUCAGAGAGCGUAAUGGCGCAACAGCGUGGUGAAACAAAACGCCGUUACUUUGAAGGCAACUCUGAUUUGCAAACUGAGGUUAACCGUUGAGAUAUGGCUCUUUUGGUUUCAAGCCUUUACUCGCUAAGAAGGGGUGAUUUGCCCCUGCAUCUUUACCUCAAUAGGUAUAAACUGACCUGCGCAGUUUUGUUUGGCAUCACAUUACCAGCAUAGAGUUUUCCAUAGUAACCCCAUUCUAUUCUUUCUCAAGAUACCAAGUCUAGCGAUGUUUAUCGGCCAUGUCAUAGGUCUUAAAAUUGUAACGUUAGCUGUUGUAACUGUAUUGUAUCUAACGUCGUGGCCUCGGUUUUCGGUUCGAGGUUGUGGACAGAUGAACAUGCCUGAUGACAAUUAGAAGUCUUAACAAUUGUACAGAAAUGUCUCGAUUUGAGUUACCGUGAGGUCUUUACAACAGUACCAGAAUCAUUCA